UAAGGGACAACAGCAUGGAGGAGGCUGACGGGGCUACCCGGGACUUCUUAGGGGACCUGCUUAGGGACCUCCCGGUGCAGCAAGAACAGCUGAGGUCGCCAAACCGCAGAGUGAGCCGGGAGGAGGCGGAGGGGGAGCUAGCAGAGGUCUUGCUCAGGUUUCUGGGAAGCAGGGGAGCCCCCUCGUGGCUUUCUGCCUGUCUGGUCCAGGCUUCUGUCCACCAGACGCUGGAAGCAGACCUGUCCACAUUUCUGCUGAGGAAUGAAGCAGCAGACUCGGAGGAGGGGGAGCAGGAGAAUGCAGAGAGAAUAGACUAUCUUUGUUCCGAUUCCUUACUCCGUCGCUGCCUCAGCUGUCUACAGGAAAUCAGCAGUCAGUGGCAGAAAUGUCUACCCCCCAUUACACAGCCUGCUUGCCAGUUGAAUAUUUCUGCCCAUGCCAUUCGCAACACACGCAGGAAGAUGGAGGAUCGGCACGUAGCCAUAUUGGAGUUCAAUCAGCUACAUGGCAUCACGGAUGGUGUAAAGAGGUCAUAUUUUGCAGUAUUUGAUGGGCAUGGUGGGGUUGAUGCUGCCAACUAUGCAGCAGCCCACGUUCAUGUGAACGUUGCUCGGCACGAAUCCCUGGCACAAGACCCAGGACGGGCUCUGAAAGAAUCCUUCCAGCGUACAGACAUUAUGUUUCUUCAGAAGGCAAAGAGAGAGAGGCUGCGGAGCGGCACAACUGGAGUGUGCGCCUUACUGGAGGGUGAAAGACUGCAUGUGGCAUGGCUGGGGGACUCUCAGGCUCUCCUUGUAAGGCAGGGGAAAUAUGUCACACUCAUGGACCCUCACAAGCCAGAACGAGAGGAUGAACGUGAAAGAAUAGAAGCCAUGGGAGGCUGCGUCGCUUUUAUGGGCUGCUGGAGGGUCAACGGAACACUUGCUGUGUCCAGAGCUAUUGGUGACAUUGAUCAGAAGCCAUAUGUCUCUGGUGAGGGCGAUGUAACCUCUCACGUACUCGAUGGCUCAGAGGAUUUUCUGGUUCUGGCGUGUGAUGGCUUCUUUGAUGCUGUGUCCCCAUCAGAGGUCCCAGACCUUGUCUUUGCUCACCUUCAGGAAAAUGGAGGUGAUGGGCAGCAUGUUGCAAUGAGGCUAGUUAAGGCAGCCAAAGACGGCGGCUCGGGGGACAACAUCACCGUGCUUGUUGUUUUUCUGCGGGAUCCACUGAAAGUACUUGAAGAUUUUCUUGCCCAGGACAGCAGAGAGGGGGAGCCCCUUUUUGACUUUGGUGGUGGAGUUGAAGUAGGGUCUGACCAUGCAGGGUGACCGCAGGGAAAGUUUUGCUCUUUACAGGCUGCAACCUAAGAGCUGUGCCAAAGGGACAGUACCAGGAAGAGAAGCGUUCAGCUUUCUGCUACACAAAGACAGUUUCUUCACAUAUGUGCGGAGAGUUGAUCAUUGGGCAGCUUAAAAUCUUCAGGUCAGGAGUUUAACAGUUUUUUGUUUUUUUUAUUAUUUGAGCUCUUUUUUGUGUUUGUAUAUUUUGUGGGCAUUCAAUAAUGGAAAGGGCAAUUGGCCCCUGGAGUAAUUGAGAAUGAAUUGAGGUUUCUUUACCGCUCGCACUUAAUAUUGGAAUUAUUCUCAGAAUUCAUGGCAUUGAAGCACUAUUUCCAGUGUUUUGCAGUACUAGAUGUGCUAAACAUGUAGAAGAUAAGAAAAAAGCACAUCUUAUCAGAUUUUACUGGUCUAGAAUUUUUUUUUUUAUUCGAUUUUAAAAAAAAGUCUUCUUGGCCAAAUCUUCAUUGCCAUAAAAAAUCAGCUCAAUGGCGUGUUUGAGCAGGGAAGGUUACCCAAAAUAUCAUAAUGGCAGCCUCCAGAUCUGGAGAUAAAAACAUUUUUUUUCCAUGGGACCUGUACAAGCGUUCACUGGGGUUUAAAUGCAUUGACUGCUGUUACGUGUCAGAAAAAA